CUCAUCUUGGCGAACCAGUCUAAUGUGUGAACUCCUAUAUAUGAUGCCGGGAAUAAUAUUAGUACUAUUGUUCUUGUCAUUUUAAGGAAGCUUGUUAUUGAACCAUUUACAUCAUGAUUUAGUGGGUUUUCAUAAACUAGUAUUAUUUUGUGUUCUCAUAGUUGUGUUACUUGUAUUAGCUGAUUGGUGUAUAAAGCGAACUUUUCUUCAACUAAAUAUUGAUAUCUACAUAUGGCAAUGCAUCUGGUGGAUGUGGGUAAGAGGCCUGUGACUGGCCUCCGACUAUUUCUAGAAGGUAAAAGAAGCAACCGACUGGCCAUCCACCUGCAGCACCUUUCCUCUCUUCCGAAACUCCUGCAACUCAAAGACGAUCCAAUGGGCAACUUCCCUCAGGAGUCCCAUGAUCGUAAAUAUUAUGAGAAAGUUCACUGGAAGAACUACUCCCACGUUUGCACUGCUCCAGUUGAGUCUGACGAGGAACAUUCCAUAGUUACCGGAGCCCAAUUACAAGUUCGGGAUUAUGGGUUGAAAAAGGUUCUCUUCUUAAGACUCCGCUUCUCGACUGUCCUGGGAGCUGCUGCUGCAAAGCAUCCAGAAUGGGAAGGUUCCCCAGGAUUGACCCGUAAAUCUGGACUUAUGUCAACUUUGAUAAGCCAUCGUUUCACAGCAGUUCAGAAGCUGCCUCCACAACCAGCUGAUGUGAACAUAAACUCUGCAGUUUACCCUGGAGGGCCUCCAGUUCCUGUUCAGGCACCCAAGCUCCUGAAGUUGGUGGACUCAACAGAGAUGACGAGAGGGCCACAGGACACUCCCGGGUAUUGGGUUGUCUCCGGGGCUAGACUUAUGGUUGAGAAGGGCAGGAUCUCACUUCGGGUUAAGUACUCAUUACUGACUGUGAUAUUACCCGAUGAAGAAGAGUCCGAGGAGCAGUGA